AAUAUGUACAUACAGUCAUAUAUAUAAUUUUUUUAUGGUGUGAUGUAGACGACGACGACGCCGGACAAACCCUGCCGGUUGAUGUGUCGCCUCCCAUCAAAAUCAGUCUAAUUCCCUUCCUUCGAUUAUCACCUAAAACCGCGAUUCGAUCACCAUCAAACCCCCAAUUCUGAGAUCAAUGGCAUCUUCUGCAGACCCAUGGGUCAGGGAAUAUAAUGAAGCAGCAAAACUUGCUGAUGAUAUUAAUGGCAUGAUAUCUGAGAGGAGUUCAUUGCCUGGAUCAGGACCAGACGCACAACGUCAUUCAUCUGCUACACGGAGAAAAAUUACAAUAUUAGGAACCAGACUUGAUAGCUUACAGUCUCUUCUGUCCAAGCUCCCUGGCAAGCAGCCCCUAUCAGAGAAAGAGAUGAACCGUCGGAAGGAUAUGCUUGGAAACUUGAGAUCAAAAGUAAACCAGAUGGCCUCCGCAUUGAACAUGUCCAACUUUGCCAAUAGGGACAGUUUGUUAGGGCCAGAUAUUAAGCCUGCUGAUGCUAUGAGCAGAACGACUGGCUUGGACAACCAUGGCGUUGUUGGUCUUCAACGACAAAUUAUGAAAGAACAAGAUGAGGGGCUUGACAAAUUGGAGGAGACUGUGAUAAGUACAAAACAUAUUGCAUUGGCUGUAAAUGAGGAACUUGACCUGCACACUAGACUAAUUGAUAACCUGGACCAGCACGUGGAGGUUACAGAUUCCCGGUUACAGCGAGUACAGAGGAACCUGGCAAUCCUGAAUAAACGCACCAAGGGUGGUUGCUCCUGCAUGUGUCUGCUUUUAUCAGUUGUUGGGAUUGUGGUUCUGGUUGUCGCUAUAUGGUUGCUGAUCAAAUACUUGUAAUGCAAACAAUAGUAAGCGUUGGUUUUUGUGUGUGUGUGGAAAUGGCUUUAACUACUGGUGUUGUUAAAACACUCUUAUUUGAAUUCUAUAAUUCCCUUUCAAGGGGAGGUUUGUGCAAUGGAUUGUGGUGUUGAACCAAACUACUAUUGUAUUACAAAUAACCAAGUGUCAUUGACACAUGGAAGUGUUGAUAUCUUCUCAUGUUGACUCUCCAUUGUUGAAAUGCAAAUGUACUUGGCACUCA